AAGCGAAAUCUGAUUGCGUGACGUCACAGUGAGAAUCAACAAGAGAAAGGCUGUGGGAGUGAUAGUAUUUUUUACUGGGAGAGUGACGUUUAAAUGAGAUUAAGUGCACCAUAUGAAGCCUUCAUUAGUCACCGCUCGAAGCGUCAAGAAGUCAUCGACAUUGUUAUUAUGCUAACGAUUCUGUGAUGUACAAGCCGUUUUAUAGAUAGUACAACACCUUUUCGCAGACCUCAUGUUUCAUGGUCAUUUAACUGUAACAAAUGGCCUACUUUACACAUAGGUUGUGGAAACUGGAGUAAAUGGCAAUUCCGUGUCCAACAAGUAAAGAAGGUGUUGGAAUCGAUAGUGCCUGCCAGCUUCAUUUAUGGUUAAUUCAUUAUCAUGUUAGGUUAGAAACUGUAACUUGUUAAAUUUACGUAAGUUCAUAGUACUUGUUUGAUGUAUGAGAGAUACCAGUCGCCAGUGGCAUUGAGUGAAAGUGAGUAUUUUUAUAACGGUUUACGUGGUUUUUCGUCGACGUACCAUAUUGCGAUGGCAAUAGGCUGGUGAUUGUUUACCAAGUUCCAUUUUUUUGUAUAACACUGCGUGAUAGAACAAUGGGGCUGCUGUUUUCUAAAAUUUGGAGCCUGUUCGGAAAUGAAGAACACAAGAUUGUGAUGGUGGGCCUGGACAAUGCGGGCAAGACGACGAUCCUGUACCAGUACCUGAUGAACGAGGUGGUGCACACGAGUCCCACAAUUGGCUCCAACGUCGAGGAGGUGGUCUGGAAGAACAUCCAUUUUAUCAUGUGGGACUUGGGUGGCCAGCAGUCCCUGCGCGCUGCCUGGAGCACCUACUAUGCCAACACGGAGUUCGUGAUCCUGGUGGUGGACUCGACGGACCGGGAGCGCAUCGGCGUGUGCCGGCAGGAACUGUGCCGCAUGCUGCAGCACGAGGAGCUGUCGAAGGCGGCGGUGCUGGUGUAUGCCAACAAGCAGGACCUGCGCGGCUCCAUGUCGGCGGCAGAGAUCUCUCGCCUGCUUGACCUCACCUCCAUCAAGCACCACCAGUGGCAGAUCCAGUCCUGCUGCGCCCUCACCGGAGAAGGGUUGUACCAGGGCCUGGAGUGGAUAUGCAGCCAGCUGAAGAAGAAGUGACGGCCGAUGGGGGCGUAGCGCGGGCGCGGCUCCCCCUGCCGGCGGGCCCGCAGGCGGGGCGGGGCGGAGGGGAGGCGGCGGCGGCGGAGGCGGAGUCUGCCAGCCACCCGAAACAUCACAGUGACUAGGGGGCCGACUGGGCAGCGUUGCGCAUCCGCCUGUGCGUAUUGCCGUGCGGGUGUGUGGACUGGACAAACAGGGACAGAAAGUGACUGAAAUAUGUGAUAAUUUUUCGUUUAGAUUGCAUUUUAAUUUCUUCGGAGGAAUAAAUCUGAAGUCGUUCAGUGUAAGGACAUCACUGUUAUUGCUAUUACUGUAUUAUAAUGAUUAUUAUCUUUUCUUUCAUAAGUUCAGUAUAAUUAGGGUAGAACUUUAAGUCUGCCACUUAGCCCCCCCUCCCUUCCCCCACCUUCCCCAGGCCAUAUCAUUUUGCCACAACUCGUCCUCUUCCAUAUUUUAAGUGAAUAAAAAGGAAGUUAUUCAGUUAAAAAAUGAAAUAAGUGCUAGCAUUUUUUGUCAAGUUACGAGCAGUAUUGUGAUCUUUGUGCGCUGUUUGUGUUACCUUAUCGUGUUUGUGUCCUCAAUUUUUGUACGCGGGCUCCGUUUGGACGGGGUACGCAGAAAGUGGCAAUUGCAGUCGUGUCUCCCACAGAUUUGUGAGGGCUGUGAUAGAUUUUUAUGAAAUAACUGUUCCAUUCCCAAUAAUGUGACUUCUCGUCGUGUGGAGACGUUUUACUCACUGUGAACACCAGAACUCUAAAAAAUGAACACUCGGCUGCAGUAUGCGGCAGGUUUUCUGCCUUGUCCAGUAAAUAAGCUACAGGUCUAAAUCGCAUUUCAGUAACUGUAGAAAUAAACAAUUACUUGCA